AUGUACCGGUAUAUAUCUAUCUAUAUAUCAAACAAUAACAAUGGUGUGCCGUCGAGUCCGUCCUCAUCAGCGGCCACAGCCGCAGCCGCGGCAGCUAUGAUGAUGAGCUCUGGACAUAUGUCGCUGUCGACAAUGACAUCGACAAUGUCCACCGCAUCGAUGACAAUGGCAAACACAACAUCGCCAGAACUGUUACGAUGCAAACGGCGCAUAAAUUUUGCUGGUCUCGGAUACGCCAUACCGCAGGCACAGCCGGCAACAGUUGCCCGAAGAAAUGAAAGAGAGCGGAAUCGGGUGAAAAUGGUUAACAUGGGUUUCGCAACACUCAGACAACACGUACCAAACGGUGCCAAAAACAAGAAGAUGAGUAAAGUAGAGACAUUGAGGUCGGCUGUCGACUAUAUCAGAGAAUUGCGUGAAUUGUUGGGCGAAAAUGACGACUUCUUGCCAUCGGAAGCUCAAUUCUCGCAAAUGCAAUGCAGUAGUAGUGAUGAAAACUGGAAUCCCAGUCCCGCAGGCCUGUCGUCAAUGUCGCCGACAUCCAUGAGCUAUACGUGCGGUUCAACUAUCGGCUCGACGAUAGGUAUGCGACAAACGCCACACUCGCCGUCCUCUCCCAUAAUGACAACGUCGUCUCCGUCGCCGAGUAUGGGAUCCGAUGCCUCGUCGCCGUACGACUCGUUAGACAGUAUGGAAAGACAGGUCUCGCCUGAAGAAGAGGAACUCUUUGACUUUACAAAUUGGUUCGCAUAAUAAUGAGGACAAUAAAUCUAAAAUAAAUAUCAAUUUUAAUGGCCAUCCACUUGU